AGGAGGACAGAGGAGAGAAGGAUCAAGGAGUGGAGCACUGUGGAGAGGAGCACUGACGAGAGGAGGACAGAGGAGAGAAGGAUUAAGGAGAGGAGCACUGGGAAGAGGAGGACAGUGGAGAGGAGGACAGAGGACAGAUGACUGCACAGAGGAACGGGACCUACUCUUUGUCCGCGUCUUGUCAGAACACCAUGUAGAAAGUGGGCUCUCGUCUCGUCCGCCGCUCGGUACUCCUGAAUCACAGCGGAUGUAAACAUGGAGGAAGGGUCGUUAACACGCAGAGAGGCACUGUUCGCGGACUCCGGAUGAAGGAGGAGCUCGUCGAGAGAAAAGAAAGUUGCCAUGUGGACCUACUACAAGGCAUAGCAGAGGACAAAAAUGUAUUAUUCUACACAGAUGAAUGGACCAUACCAACCAGUUGGACAACCCUCCCAAACUGUACAUGCUGCUACUCCACCUACUUACGACACAAUGAGAAAUCAGCAACCUGGGACAGCAAAUAACUCUUGUUCGUUCUGGGCAGUGGACCCCAGAAUACAGACACCACAAAAUGGCCAUGUACCUUUUCGAGAUGGAACUCAGCCUAACAGACAGAUGUCAAAUUGGCAAACCUCAGCAGCUCCUCAUCAGGCAAGUUCCUCCCAGUCAACAGCUGGGAUGAAUGAUACAAAUUAUGUUUUAUAUAAAAAAUACCCCAACUUGACAGGUAUACUAGGUGAAGUCCCUUCUACACCUUAUCAGAACCCUGCUCAGAAUUCAAAGAUGCAGACUCCACCUAAAAUGAAGACUACACACUCCCAGCAAAACACGACUGCAUAUUUGAUCCAACCAGUUACAUUUCAUGGUAACCAAUCAAUAAGGACACAAGAUGUACAAAAUCAUGGGGUCCAGAAAAAUUAUCAAGUGGUAAAUGGCAAGGUGACGAAUCCUUGCCUUACGUACAUUACAGCAGCUACCUUGGUUCCAUGUAAACAGACAGUUUGUACCAGCACAAUACAGCUAACAAGACCAACUGCUAACAACCAGAAUUCCCAACAAAAUGUCUCUCGGCAUAGAUUUCCCACUAGCAUCCUCCCAAAGUACAGUGAAGCUAUCUCUGAGUCUCUCACACACAACAGCAUUACAACAAAUCCACCACCAAGGGGACAGAUUUGGGGUUAUUCCAGCAUGAGUCAGACAACUCAACAAUACACUGCUCAACUCAACUCAACACCUAACAAUGCAAGAGAGGCCACUUGCAGGCCAACUUGCAGUUCCAUAAAAAGUAAUGAGCUGCCCCUUAAAGCUACUGCUGAUGCUCAACAACAAAUGACCAAUCACAAUGAGGAAACUAUGAUAAUCUCACGAAUUGCUGAGGGUCUUCGUAAAUCGUACCAAGCUGAAGCAGUUGGUCGUCAUCCAGUGAAUACUAAUUCACCAUCCACAUGGCAGCUAAUCAGACCGUCAAGUCAGGUCUGCGAGGUCGGAACGAUGGAGUGUCAUCAAACAAUGCAACUUGGGACAUCAGCUGCUGACAGAUCUAACUCAAAUGCCACCCAGCGCCUACAGCUCAUUUCUAGACAAUGUUUGCCUCAGAGAGUUUUGUCAAGACCACCACACAUUGUUACAUCACCUCAGCAAAGGUCUGCACCAGAUAUCUACUGUGUCACAACAGAAGAUGGAAUUACAGAUGGAAAUAAGGAGAGGAAUGCAUUUUUUCCAAAAAAUAACAGCAUCUCCACGGGAAAUGUAGUUGAAUCUUCAAGUGCUGUAUCUCAGUUUAUGCAGCUGCCUGAGGCCAUUUUGCUACAGAGAACCGAGACCCAAUUGUCCGUAAAAAACAAUCAUGAAAUGCUCUGUUCCGUUGGAAAAAAGGACAACUCCAUCCAAUCGUCUCCCAGUCGCACAGGCACGAGAGCUGUUGCUGUUGUGCAACCACUGUUACAAAAAAACUACAAUGUUGUCAAAAAGCAAAACUCUUCAAACACAAUUAAACAAUUAGAAGAGUGCACUGCAAAAUAUGCCUCUUUACGCAACCCUGAAAAAAUAUGUACUUCUCCAGCUGUAGCAAAAAAGAGUCAAGUUAUAAAUUUAAGCGAAGGAUUGAAGAAACACCUACAAGAUGGACCUCAAGACAAGACACAAAACCAGUCAUAUGCACAUGAACAAGGAUCUGAACUAUCUAGCGACCGGAGUGUAGCACCAGCUGUUCAACAGUCUGUUACCUCUGAGGGGCUAGAAGGCCAACAUCGUGAUAUGAACAAAGCCGAGGUGCCACUUGAUCAAAAUACCUGUGAUUUCGACCUGUCCUCGAUCCCAACAACUCAGUGGACUACUGUCAACUUAAUUAAUUUUACAAUGGAUUCUGACAAAGCCCAGUCACAAGACUUCAAAGGGUUGGAUUCUGUGCAAGACGUGAUGAGAAUGUUUUGGAGGGACAAGAUUGACAUUUUCAGGAAUAAGAUCAAGUCCGGCUGGUACAGGACUUUAAUGGAUGAUGUUAAGACAUUCUGCAGGGAACAUGUGACUAACGACUCUGUCAUUCUAUCACAAGUAAAAGGAAGCUAUUCGAGGCAACUCAAAAAGCACCAUUUCCUCAAACAUAAUGAAAAAUAUUCAGAGCCGCCCUACCAAUCAUCAUGGUUGAAUGUCAAUGAGCAGGUAGAUGACAUUGACAAAGAGUUUGGCUUCUCCCGGACUUUAAGGCCUCAUGUUAGCACACUUGGGAGUGACAGCCAACCAGAUGAAUUUGGAGAAACAAGCAGCAUUUCUGCACACAAUUUAAGUGAUGUGUCCAACAAAGCCUUCUCUCAAACAGAGCUCAGAUCUGUUGACCCAGGUGAAGGAAAACAAGCCCCCACUGUUGAAAUUACAUCAAGUCGAAUUUCCUCACCCAAUGAGACAGACCCAGACAGUGCUCAUUCCAAUGACCAACAUUACUCUUUUGAGAUACAAGUUUUGUCCCCAGAAGAAGCUAAAGUUAUCUUUGGGCAAAUGCAAAGUAAGCUACCACAAAGUAUGGACACUCAGAGUCAACCAGAGAAUGUCACGAAAAGCUCUGUUGAGGAUGAGCUGCCUGACUUUGGACAGAGUGUCACGAAAAGCUCUGUGGAGAAUGAGCUCCCUGACGUUGGAGACACAUUGAAGGACUCAAAACUGGAGAGCAAGAAGAAAAUCUCUUUAAUAGAUGAAUUUUGCUGCCUUGCAGGGUGGAUAGAAAAGUUUUUUGGGAAAGACACUUCUUUGAAAUGUGCGUGCAAGGAAAAACAAGAUCACAAAGACUGUACAGAAAAGACACUUGAUAAGGAGACGACAGUACAAAAUAACAAUCAACCUGCGAUCAGGUUGGACAAUGUCCACUCUGCCAUAGAAACAGACCAUCAAAUGAGUGCCGAGGAGAACAUUGACAGUCAAGUUGUACCAUGUAGUUCGACUGAUCUAUGCAAUGAUAUCAGUCAAACUAUAGACUUAGCCGAAGAUGAGAAGAGACUUCGCUCACAUUCUGCUAAGGAAACAAAGAACAUGUCCCUAUCAAUCAUAGAUGAUAGCCAGUUAAGCCCUUUAGUCUUAAGUGACAGUGAAGUUGAAGAUGUCUCUUGCAGUGGAAGUGAAAUUCCAAACCAAAUCCGUGAUAAUGGUAUUUGGAUGUCAAACUCUGAGGAGAAAUGUGUACAAGAACAGCUGAAGUCAGUAGGAAGUGGUCAGUCAAGCCCUUCAGACGACAGCAAGGGAGAAUUCAUAAAGGUCGUAAGCAUUGAUCUUGAGAGCCAUAUCAACACUGAGGUUGGCUGUCCACAAGCUCAGCUGACAUCCACAGAUGUAGCAGAGUCCUCCUUGGAAGUGGAAGAACCAACUCAAACCGGACCAGCGGCUGGCCUCCAGACCACCUCCAGUCAAUGUGAUAAACUUGAAACAGUUGAAAGAAAGAGGAAGACAUUGCACAAUGAUGAAAAAAUGUGUCAAUUAUUGAAGAAUUUAAAGAAACGUGUAAAUAAGAAAGUUUCUGUUAAUGCUGCUGAGACUAAACCUUUAGCCUCAAAAGAUAAAACAGUAGAACUGGUCCUAUUUGGCUCAAAACGUCAUGAUGGUGAAUUUACAGGAUCUCAUGCAGCACACAGGCCUCCAAACGUUGUCUCUGUGAAUCUCAAUCCUUCGAAGAGAAAGUCAAGUGUUCCCACCCCGGAUUAUUCUGUCAAAGGAUGGAUUCACGAAAAAUGGAGGAGAAGUUAUCUACCAACUACAAUUAGUCACAGAAAAAAACUGAAAACACUUCCGGGUACUUUACCUCGGACAAGUCUCAAGAAAGCUGAAACAGCUUGCCCCUCCAAAACCGAAGAGCUGCCAGUUUGCAAUGAAAUGAAGAGAAAAGGAAAUACCAACUACUGCGUGAAUCGAAAGAAGAGGCGACUCCUGUCUAACAGACCCAAACUUGGAGAGGAGAGUAGAAGGAUGGAUGUGGGUCCCCUGAAACCGUCUGAUAAGGAGAGAAGUGACGACGGAAGCCAUACCCACACACGUGUUGGAGAGAAAUACGUCCUGAAGUUCAGUGUGUUACCCAACACUUUCAGCUUUGCAGAUGGACCCAAUGGGAGAAAGCAAACAACUGCUAACGUGUCAGGUAACUCAGAUGCCGCUGGAGGAGACAGCCCUGGUAAAGCUAUCACAGGGGCAAGAGGAACACGGUGACAACGUCCUGGGAAGAAGUAUUGUCCUCAGCUCGCCUCACGUUCCCAAGACCUCCAGCCUCUUCCAGGAGUUUCAAUAGCAAAACAUGAAGAAGGAGCAGCCAUCCAAGGAAAAAUAAUAUGCAAGCAAUAGUUGUGUGUACUACAGAGACAGAUUCAAUAUCUUCUCUGGGAAAUUAUUUUUUUGAGAAAUGUUUCAUUUUGUGUACGCGUAUAUUUGCUUUACAGUACCAAGCAAGUUACGACUGCACAUGCCACACAUAAAAGUCAUAGUUUAUAUUAUAAGUGUCUUUCAUUUGAGGUAGAAUUUUUAAUGCCUUACAAAAAUAAUGAAUGCAAACGUAACUUGAGUAUCUGUAAAAUCUGUAUUUCAUUUACGUUAUUUAUAUUUUUUUACAUCAUUUUUUUGUACAUCUUAUCUAAACAAACAUUCUUUUUUAUUCUGUUUUGCAGUUGUUUGUAUUAUUUGUGUAAAUAAAUCCAUUUGUCGACAGUU